AUGGCCUCCGGCCAACCUUUCGCGUCGCGCUCGUACGCUGGCACGAAAAUGCCCGACCGCUCAGUCAACGCGAACGCCAUGCCCUUCAGCGCCUCAUCGUUCUCCCGGCAUCGCGGCCUCGCCAAUCCCAAUACUGGUGAUUUCGCCGAUGGCCCCAAGCAAAAUCAGCAGAAUGCGCAGCCCGCUACGAACGCGCAGUCUCACGGGCCUGCGCAGGAUGCUAAUCCGCUUAAUCGUUUGACCGAGGAGCAGAGGGAGGAGAUUAAUGAAGCGUUCACCCUCUUCGACCUCGACCGCGACCGCCACCUAGACUACCACGAACUCCGCGUCGCCUUCCGCGCUCUAGGAUUCACCCUAAGCAAACAAGAGCUUAUCUCUCUCCUAACAACAUACGGCGUACCACGCCCGCAAGUACAAGCUCAACAAGCCGCGGGCCAAUCCCAAAACCCGCAAGCCGCACAGUCAAACAAGGGCCCCGUCUCGAACCCGCAACACCCGUCCAACCUGCUUAUGCCGUUAUCUUCUUUCCAGGCUGUCACCGCGUUGAAGAUUCUUGAGCGGGAUCCACGUGAUGAGAUCCUGCGCGCUUUUGAAUUGUUCGAUGAGGGGGCUAAGGGCUUCAUUGAUCUUGAGGAUUUGAGACGUGUUGCCCGAGAAUUGGGUGAGACAGGGCUUGAGGAGGAAGAGUUACGCGCUAUGAUUGAGGAGUUUGAUCUUGAGGGGGUUGGUGGUGUUACUCGUGAGGCUUUUGUUGGGAUUUGUUGGCAAUAG